CUCUUGUCACAUAUUUAGGGUCUAUCAUUCUUACGAACCGUCAUUUAGAGAAGACAGAGUGACAGAUAAUUACUAUAUUUAAUACUUACCCUUCAGGCUGAAGGCAGAGGUAGCAGCAAGAAUGGAACAAUCUGUGGUGCUGUUAGAGGAAAUUUCACAGUUAAUUCUGAAUAAAAUGCCAAGUGCAGACUAUUCCAGCUUGUUGAAUGAUUUUGUUGAAUCUGAGUUUUUCCUGAUGGAUGGAGACUCCUUACUGAUCACAUGCAUAUGUGAGAAGUCACUGAAGCCGGGCCAGAGCCUCCAUUUCUUUUACCUGGUGGAAUGCUAUCUCUUGGAUCUCAUUAACAAAGGAGGUCAUUUUGCCAUAGUUUUCUUCAAGGAUGCUGAGUGUGCCUACUAUAGCUCCCCAGAACUUCUUUCUUUGAGGACCGCUUUAAUUCUUCAUCUUCAGCAUAAUACCACCAUUGAUGUUUGGACUGAAUUUUCUGGAUGUUUAUCACGAGAAUGGGAAACUUGCUUGGAAGAGAGUUGCCCGUAUUUCCUGAUAGUUGCAGAUGAAGGCCUGAGCCCGUUGCAAACACAGCUUUUCAACUUUUUAAUCCUUCACUCUUGGGCAAGGAGAGUCAAUAUUGUGCUCUUUUCAGGACAAGCAUCUAACAUCCUUCGAGUUUAUGCUUACUUUAUGCCAAGCUUGAGUGCUGAUGGGAAGUUUUUCAAGACGAACAAAAUGCAGAUUAAGACGGUUUACAAAUCCCUGUUUCAACAAUCGGAACAGAAUAGAAUCUCAACAUUAGCACCUCUCUUUAGAGACUUAAAAUGGGAUACUUUGGUGGAAAAGGCAUCUGCGUUUAUAUCACUUCUUAAGAAAAUCUGGCCAGAUGGAUCUGAUGUUCAAUGUAUGCUUUGUAUUACUUCAUGUUCACUGCUUUUGCAAAUAAACUAUGACUUUUUACCUACGAAAAAGCAAAAGAAGGGCACUUCUAUAAAAACCAACAAGCAACAGGGCUCCUGUUUAGGCCUGGAGGAGAUAAAAGAUUUUUGCAAACUUCAUUGCCUCACUAUGGCUAUUCUACGCCACUCACCUCUUUCUCAAAGAGCUCGUUCUAGAUUCAUCACAGCUCCUUGGAUUAAGGACAUUCAGAUUCUCUUUAAAAUGAAAAAGUGGUGUGACUAUUUCAUCCUAAGUAAUAAAAGCAUUUUCCGAUUUUGGGAGCUGAAUUCAGUUUACCUUUCUGAUCUAACUGAUGAUCUUUUGUUGAAAAAUAUUGCUUUUUACUAUGAAAAAGAGAAUGCUAAAGGUCUACAUUUAGAUCUUGGAAAAACCAUUAAGAAAGAUUAUGAAUAUCUUUGGGAUACUGUGUCAAAGUUGGUAGGAACGUUUAAUGUGGGUAAACCAUUUCCUUUGAGAACAUCAAAACUUCAUUUUCUUAAAACGAAACGGUCACCAAUCAAAGAAAGUUCUCAAUGGAAGAUUCCUAAUUUGGGUUUUAUCCCAAUGACAUCUAAGGUGAUUGAUGCAUUUGUUGGAGACCUUUUGAAAGAUUUGCCUUUCUUAAAGAGUGAUGAUCCUAUUGUUACAUCACUGGUUAAACAAAAGGAAUUUGAUGAACUUGUACAUUGGCAUUCUCACCGACCCCUCAGCGAUGAUUAUGAUAGGACAAAGGCCAAUUUUAAUGAAAAACUCAGAGACCCUCAUGCCCUUAGAGCCUUGCAGAAGUAUCAUAUUUUCCAAAGAUUUUAUGGGAACUCAUUGGAAUCAGUCCCUUCAAAACUCAUUGUAACUCAAGUUGUUAAGUCAAAGAAGGAUUUUCAUGCUCCUAAGAGCAAAAAGACUCAUGAGACCAAGGCUGAAUUAAUUGCUAGAGAGAAUAAGAAGAGGUUACUUGCUAAGGAAGAACAAAAAGAUGAACAAAAAUGGAAUGCUCUGUCAGUUUCUAUUGAAGAAGAAAUGAAAAAGGAUUUAAACUCGGGAAUAAGGACUCUGGAACAUUUUUUGAAAUCUUGUAAAAGUACUUUCGUGAAAGUUCAAGGUGAAAUGGUAGGAUUACUGGCUUGCUUGAAGGCGUGGAAAGAACACUGUCGGGCUAAAGGGAUAAUCAGAAAAGAUUUAAGUAUAGCUGUUCAAAUGAUGAAAAGGAUUCAGUCCUUAAUAGAUAAAUAUUCAGAAUUUCUGGAUGAAGCAGAUUGGAAGUUUAUAGCUAAAUGCCUCAAGUAUAUGCGAUUUGAUGAGUUGGCAAUUUCUUUAUAUCCAACCCAGGAUACAGAUGACAUAAAGAAGCAGAAAAAAAGUAAAUAUUCAGUGGGUACUGGGCCAGCUCGCUUUCAACUACAAUAUAUGGGCCAUUAUUUAGUACGAGAAGAAAGAAAAGAUCCUGAUCCUCGUGUCCAAGACUUCAUUCCUGACACGUGGCAGAGAGAGCUUCUGGAUGUCGUGGAUAAUUGUGAGUCUGCAGUCAUCGUUGCCCCAACAUCCUCAGGCAAAACCUAUGCUUCUUAUUACUGCAUGGAGAGAGUGCUGAAGGAGAGCGACGAAGGAGUGGUGGUGUAUGUCGCACCCACAAAGGCUCUUGUUAAUCAAGUGGCAGCCACUGUUCAGCACCGUUAUACCAAAAAUCUGCCAAGUGGUGAAGUUCUCUGUGGUAUUUUUACAAGAGAAUAUCGCCAUGAUGCUUUAAACUGCCAGGUACUUGUUACAGUGCCUGCCUGCUUGGAAAUUCUGCUGCUAGCUCCUCACCGCCAACAGUGGGUGAAGAAGAUUAAAUAUGUUAUAUUUGAUGAGGUCCAUUGUCUUGGGGGGGAAAUUGGAGCAGAAAUCUGGGAGCAUCUCCUCGUCAUGAUCCGAUGUCCCUUUUUGGCUCUUUCAGCUACUAUAAGUAACCCGGAACAUCUUGUUGAGUGGCUACAAUCAGCAAAACAUUACUGGAAAAAAGUAGACAGUAUGAUGAAACCAAGUAUUGCUUCUGAACCAAAGGCUGGCUGCCAUGCCAAAAACAACUUACAAGUAAAACAAUCAUAUAAAGUUAGACUUGUGCUCUAUGAAGAGAGAUAUAAUGAUUUAGAGAAGUAUAUCUGCUCGGUAAAAGAUGAUGACAUUUGUUUUGAUCAUUAUCACCCAUGUGCUGCAUUAACAACAGAUCAUAUUGAAAAGUACGGAUUCCCUUCCGAUCUUGCCCUUUCACCCCGAGAAAGCCUUCAGCUUUAUGAUACUAUGUGUCUAAUCUGGAAGGAAUGGCCCCAGGCCCAGACUCUGUGUCCAGAGAACUUCAUUCACUUUAAGAACAAAGUGGUCAUUAAAAAGUUGGAUGCUAGAAAAUAUGAAGAGAGCCUAAAGGCAGAAUUAACAAACUGGGUUAAAAAUGGGAAUAUAAAGGAGGCUACAAUGGUGUUGAAACAUCUUAACCCUCACUCAAAUUUUCGCUCAGAAAAUAUGUUGGAAAAAUUUCCACUUCUUGUGAGGAAGCUACAUGAAACGAACCAACUACCUGCACUCAUUUUUAUAUUCAGUUUGAAAAAAGUAGAAAAGUGUGCUAAAAGUGUGGGUGAAUCCCUGGAGAAACAGCAGGAGGAGAAAAGACCCCCAAAAGCUGAUAAAGAAGCCCAUGUCAUGGCUAGCAAACUUCGCAAAUGUAAAAAAUCCAUGGAGAAGCAACAGAUAAAAGAAGGAAAAAAACAGAAAAAGACCAGAAAAUUGGAUCAAAGUAUAAAAAACCUUGAAGCUGAAUAUGACCAUCUAUUGAGAAGUCUAGAGAAGAACCUGGAAAUACCUCAGGAUUGCACGUAUGCUGAUUACAAAGUGAUCGACUAUGAGUCAUUGCAGAUGGUGUUUGAGCGAGUAAAAAAUGAAAGGAAAGGUGACCAAUUGAAAGCUCUGGCAGAAAGGGGUGUUGGCUACCAUUACAGUGCCAUGAGUGCCAAAGAAAAACAGUUGGUCGAAAUCCUCUUUAGGAAAGGAUUUAUUAGGGUGGUGACAGCAACUGGAACACUGGCUUUAGGAAUCAAUAUGCCUUGCAAAUCUGUGGUUUUUGCUCAAAAUUCAAUCUAUCUGGACGCUUUAAAUUACAGACAGAUGUCAGGCCGUGCUGGAAGACGAGGCCAAGACUUAUUGGGAAACGUAUAUUUCUUUGAUAUUCCACAAUCCAAAGUAGAAAAACUCAUAAAAUCCAAAGUUCCUGAGCUGAGAGGACAGUUCCCUUUCAAUAUAACACUGAUCCUCAGACUCCUGCUGCUGGCUUCUAAGGCAGAUGACCAGGAAGAUGGCCAGGCUAAGGUGUUGUCUGUGCUAAAGCAUUCACUGCUAUCCUUCAAACAACCCAGAAUUUUGGAGAUAUUAAAGCUGUACUUCCUGUUUUCCUUGCAAUUCCUGGUGAAAGAGGGCUACAUUGAUCGAGAUGGUAAUCCCACAGGGUUUGCUGGGCUUGUAUCACAUUUGCACUAUCAUGAGCCUUCUAAUCUUGUUUUUGUCAGUUUUCUUGUAAAUGGCCUUUUCCAUAAACUUUGUCAGCCAACCAGAAAAGGCUCUAAGCACUUUUCUGAAGAGACUAUGCGAAAGCUGAUGUUAGUCCUGGCAAAUCUGUUUGGAAGAAGGUAUCUUCCAGCAAAGUUAGAAGAUAAUAAAACCAAGUUUUAUCAGUCAAAGGUGUUUCUUGAAGAACUCCCCAAGGAUUUCAAGGAAGCUUUGGAAGAUUAUAACAGGAAAGUUACGAAGGAUUUUACUUCUUUUCUAUUAAUUGUGUCCAGAUUGGCUGAUAUGAAACAGGAAUGUGAACUCCCAUUGUCAAAAACUGAAUUCACCGGCCCAGAAUGCAACGACUCUCCACUUGUGGCUCACUUGAUGAACUGCACCAAAGGAAGAGUGGCAAUUUCCCCAUUUGGCGCUCUCUCUGGCAACUUUGAUGAUGAUUUGCUUUACCCUGAGGUUCCAACUCAUAUCAUUUUGCGCACAAUUGGUAUCAGUUAUGCACAGGCUCCAGUAUUGUGGCCACAAAGAUUUGACAUUCAAGGAAGAACAAUGCCACUUAAUGCUUAUGCACUUGACUUCUACAAACAUGGCUCCUUGGUAGGCUUAGUCCAGGACAACAGCAUAAAUGAAGGAGAAGCUUACCAGUUGUUGAAAGAUUUUGCACUUACCAUUAAAUCUAUCAGUGUUUCCUUGCGUGAACUGUGUGAAAAUGAAGAUGAUAAUGUUGUAUUAGCAUUUGAACAAUUGAGUAAAACCUUUCUUGAAAAAUUUAAGAAAGUCUGAAAAUGAAAAACCAUAAAAUACUUUCAGAGAACUUUUGCAAGUUACACUGGUAAUUCUUGGGCUUUUUGUCAGAGAAGACUUUGUGAUGGAGUGGAGAGAGCUGGCAAUUGGGAAGAAGAGUUGCAAUGGAACCUGAUGUUUCCUGCCAUCAGCACCUUUGGAGAAGCCACUUAAUGUAUCUGAAACGUGGCUUAUUCUCAUGCCUGAGUAAUAGUCUUUACAGCUCAGAUAGAGUGAGGGUGAGCUGACAGAAAAUACAAGAGUUCUGUAUGGAAUUAAAGAACAACUUUUUUCCACUCUGAAUUCUAAACAAAUGCUGGAUUUUAAAUAUGUUUGUCACUGUAUUUUAAAUACAUAUCUCCUCACUGUCAAGACUCAUAAAACGUUUCUGAAGGCUAGACAUGAAAUAUGUUCUUUCCAAUGUACAUAAAUGGGACUACAUGACUUAGAUAUCUAGCUAUUGAAAUGCAUAUUCUAGUAAAGAAAUUACUUUUUUUGUAAGUAUGAAAGAGAGCUUUGGUAUGAAUUUUUGUGAUGCUUGUUAUUUGUUUUAUCUUAACCAUAUAUAAGUGUCCAGAAAAUAAAAAGGAAAUAAAACUGAUUACAUCUCUUA